UUCUACAUAGUCUAAUCACCCUAACUUCACAAUUUAUAUUCUAGAAUCGUAAGCCACUCGUCCUUGCAGCACUCUGCACGAGCCAUCAUGGAGUGCAUCAUGGUGAACAAGGACAAUGUUGGUGAUGAGAGGCAGCUUUCUCUCAUGGGAACUCUUGAGGAGGUCUCCCUGCAGGGAGAGGUUCAAGCCAACGAACUGAAGGAAAAGCAACAAACACUGAAAGCUUUGCAGGACACACUCUCAGACCAGAAGAGUAUUUGUGAGGCUGUUGAGCUUGAGCUGAAAAAUUCAGACAGGCAGCUUAAUGGCUUGCUGUGUGAGAUUAAGCAGAUCAAACGUCGCAACAGCAGCCUGGAGUCACAGUUGCAUGAAAUCAACUCGGAAAACAUGAAACUGCAGCUCCAGAUUCAGGAGCAGGAGGAGAGCCAGCAGUCCUCACUGGCUAGUUACAACGCCUACAGAAACAAGAUGGAGGAUCACAAAAUGGCAAUCGCUGAGGCAGAGAGCCAGAUGCCUAUAUACAAGGAACUGAUGGAGGCAAGAGAGCUGGUCAAACGGCUCAGAGAAAAACGAGACGCUCUUGAGAUGGAUUUACAGAACCCAGAGGGACAAGCUGCCAAAGAGGCCCAACACAAGAUUGAUGACUUAGAGCGGCAAGUAUCAGCAAAAAGGGAGAUGGUAGAGGAGAAACAGGCAUUUCUGCAGAACGAACAGGAGGUCCAUGCACAGCUAAGGAGGGAUAUUGAGAUCCAGAACAGAAGAUAUGACGCCAGAGUGAAGCGGCUCCGCUGCCAGCUGAGCAAGGCCCAGUCCAACCACAGGUACAUAAUCAGCGACAUCAAACGCAUGGAGGAUGAGAUGGAGGAGCUGACAAGACAGGUGGAGGAGACGGAGGAGGCAUCACUCCAGCACCACUAGGCAUCACUCUAGGCCUGGUUGGUGUCCUCAGGUGCGAAUGUUAUUUAAACAAUUAAGUGUAUGCAUCUCUAUUGUGUGUGUUAAUUAUUUCUAUAAUGUGUGCCUCUGUGUGUGGGGGUUGGGGGGGGGGAUAAGUUAUGCUUAAAAGUUCAUGUUGCAGACUUGUUCAAGUUUGGUAGUUGUAAUGCGGAUAAUUUUAACAUUUUACAUUUAUGGAGUUGAAUAUGUUUAUAUGUUGAAUAUACAUUUUUUUAUAUAUAUUUAAAAAUAUUAAAAUCUUUCACUCUUACAA